CUAGCAUACACGGAUCGUAUAUCAACUGAUUCCGCUGGUUCAGCUGUGAUUCUAUUUUAAGUGGGUAUAAAGAGAUUAAACUUGUUUUAUUGAAAAAAACUCAAAAGAACUAAGUAAGGAUGCGACAGCUGUAUCGGAUUUUAUGAAAAACAAGAAGUUGAUGGUACAGAUACAAAUUGCUAAUGAAAGUGAUAUGCUGCAUGGCUGGAAUGCUAAAAUACACAGAAAUAGACUUGCAACUCACCCAAGGGGAUGCGUUUGCAUGCAAAAGGGUAUGGAAAUAUUACCAGAAAAUCAGCACAUUUCAUACACACAAUUAAACACCAAGUUCAUAAAACUUGCAUCCGGCGAAAUAUUGCUACUGCUUCCACAAGCUUUAACGUCGUCAUGGAUGCGGAAGAGUUGACGGACAUUUUUUACACCAGUGACAAAAAGGGUCAAGUGUGCCGCGUCAAAUUGAAUGGGCAAGGCUUUAUGCUACAGCGUGAGUCAAAUAAUGGCCGUUCUAGAGAGCAACUCAUCAAUAUGAAUGACAUUGUCGGUAGUCGCUGUAUUGUUGUAAAAAAAGAUCGACGCGCCUGUUCGAUGCUCUGCAGUUAUGCCAUGCAAAAUGAUGGCAGUCGUAGUGAUAGCGGGGAUGAAACGAAAAAGAAGCCCACUUCUGUAACAUAUGAACAUAACGAUGCUAGCGCUUACCUAUAUGUUUUUGCGUAUAUUCUAAAUAAAAAACAUCUCCGCAAUAUAAUCCGUCGUGAGCGAACCGUGUUGAAGUUACGUUUUCGUUCCUUUGACACCUUCGGUGAAAAUAUGCGUGAAGCGGAACGUUGGUAUCAUACGGUUAGAGCAUUCAAGGGGCAUAGUUUGGGCACAAAUGACACGAAUGAACGACACAUAUUAGUUUUGUUAAAUCCCAAAUCGGGAUCGGGUAAAGCACGUGAAAUUUUCAAUCGUCAAGUUGUGCCAGUGUUGAAUGAAGCUGAACAAGCGUACGAUUUACAUGUAACAAAACAUGCCAACUAUGCGCGAGAGUUUGUGCGCGUAAAAGCGUUGGAUAACUAUAGCGGCAUUGUGGCGGUAGGAGGUGAUGGUCUGCUCUUCGAGAUUCUAAAUGGUUUGUUAAUGCGUGCCGAUUGGCAAGAGGCACGCCACAUUCCUUUGGGCAUUGUGCCAUGUGGUUCUGGUAACGGACUAGCACGCUCGGUGGCGCAUGUAUGCGGAGAACCAUAUGAGCCAAAGCCAAUCUUGGGCGCUACACUGACAACGCUGAGCGGCAAAUCCAUUCCCAUGGAUGUUGUGCGAAUACAGCAACAAAAUCAAAUACUGUAUUCCUUCCUUUCCGUUGGUUGGGGACUCAUCUCAGAUAUUGAUAUCGAAAGCGAACGCCUACGUUCGCUUGGCUAUCAAAGAUUUACAAUUUGGACCUUACAUCGCCUUAUAAGUUUACGUACAUAUCGGGGCAAAGUGUCAUAUCUUCCAAAGGAUAAUUUUUACAUGGAAAGCGAUGUAAUAUCGCUAUCGGUGGCAGAUCCACUGCCAUUGAAGCAUAGUAGAAGUUGUAAUACCUGUUUGGAUAAACUGAACAGGGGUUGUUUUCAAUCCAAUGAAUGCAUUGAAGCAAGCAAAUAUUAUGAUGUAAUUUCACUACAAAACUCGCUGAAUCAAUCACUGCAUUCACGUUGCGACAGUUGGUUUUCACCUGGCUCCUGUCGCAGUACUUACCAUUCCGUCUCGGAAAGUAUUUAUCAGAGCGUAGAAGGUGAUAGCGACAGCGAAUCGCGGCGCCUACAUCUCAGCAAUUUGAGUGUAAAUUUUUGUGGUCCAACAGGUAAUGCGCCAACACUUGAGGAGCCCGUACCCGACGACUGGAUUGUGGAGGAAGGUGAAUUCGUCAUGGUACAGGCAGCUUAUCAAACACAUUUGGGUAGUGAUUGUUUUUUUGUGCCACAGGCAAAAUUCAAUGACGGCAUCAUUUAUGUGGUCAUCAUACGUACCGGCAUAAGUCGUUCGCAGUUAUUGAACUUCAUGAUGGGCAUGAGUUCUGGCACGCAUGUGCCUGUGACUAAUAAUGAAUUUAUAAAAAUGGUGCCAGUGACGGCUUUUCGCAUAGAACCCUAUGACAAUGAGGGCAUCCUUACUGUGGAUGGUGAACGUAUUGAAUUUGGUCCACUGCAGGCGGAAAUCUUGCCCGGUAUGGUGCGAGUUAUGGCGCCAAAGUAAGCGUGACUGAGUAAGCGGCCGGUGUAGAAGGAUGGUAUAGAAUUCAAAGUGUUGUGCAACAUUAUUUUUUCAAUUCCAUUAUGAAGGCUUUUAUUGUUAAACAUUUUUAUAUUUUGUUAUAUUAUGUACUUUAUCAAUAGAUUGCAAUUAAAUGUCCAAAGUCGAAAAGUA